AUCGCGGUUGCGGGGGCGGGGAUCGAGGAUCGAGCAAAAUAAAGAAGCGACUUCACUGCCUGCUCCUCGCGGGCGGUUGGUUUCGACGCAUUAAAAUGAAUUACAGGCCGUGAAGGACGCAGCAAUUGAAGCGAAUUGGUCCAGGCGACGAAGUGAUGAGUCUGUGGAAGGUGAUCCAGAAGCAGGUCUACGAUUUAUUCUCGCACAAACAAGCACUCUUCUUCAUCCUCGUCCUCUUCACCUUUGUUAUUGUCACUGCUUUCCAGUUCGGAGAGACUUGGCUGCAGUGGAGCACGGUCCGCUACUCGUCCAUUUUCAACAGAUUCCACGACAACAUUGCCGGCAAAAAUCUUCAAGAAAAGCUUUGCCAGUCGGUGCCGAUCGACCUGGUGUACACGUGGGUCAACGGCAGCGACCCUGUCUUUCAGGAGGCGCUGCUUGCCGCCAAGAGCACCUUCAAGGUCGAGGAACCUGGCCACCAGCGCAGGGGGCCCUGCCCUUUCAGGUCAUGCGUUCCCUCGCACUUCAUAGCCACCAAGGGUGGUUUGCCGCUGACAAAAGAAUCGCGGGUCGAGGCCCUGGCGACGGCGUCCGAGUUUGGGCUCGUGCAGUUGAGCGGCCAGAGCUGGUCGCUGCUGCAACACGCAUCCGUCGAAGACGCCAAGGCCGCCGACGGCACCCUCAAACUGGCCGGCAGGAACUACACCCUCCACCACGCCUACUGGACUACAGACCCUGACGCGAAGAACUCGGUCUCGAUGCGUCAAUUUGCGAUUCUGCUCGGCGUUCCGGCCAGCACGAGUAAGGAGACGGUGAUCAAAUCGCUGCCGACGAAUUUACCGGUCAUCGGCGUCUGGGUUUAUCUGGACCAGGGACUGGCCGUACUCCAGCUGCCGCAUGCCGUCGGCCAGGACACAAUUCGAAAUUCGUAUCCAAACAUCACAGUUGGCAGCAAAGACGCCUACCUGUCGCCAGCACACCUAAUUCUAGAAAUGACCAGCGGCCAGGAAGCUGAGGACUUUUCAGACUCCAGGUUCCUCGAUAAAGAGGAGCUUCGGUACUCGCUGCGUUCCGUGGAAAAGUACGCGCCGUGGGUGCGGCACGUGUACGUCGUGACGAACGGCCAGAUUCCCUACUGGCUAAAUUUGGACCAUCCACGCCUCAGCGUCGUCACACACCAGCAGCUUUUCCUCAACCAGUCGCAUUUGCCCACCUUCAGCAGCCCCGCCAUCGAAAGCCACCUCCACAGAAUUCCAGGGCUGUCGAAGCGAUUUUUGUACCUGAAUGACGACGUCAUGCUCGGGAAAGAGGUUUGGCCUGAGGAUUUUUACACCAGCUCUGAAGGACAAAAAAUUUACUUGUCGUGGCCGGUGCCGGAGUGUCAGGAAGGGUGUCCGACCUCCUGGAUUUCGGACGGCUCGUGCGACAAGGCGUGCAACGUGUCCGAAUGCAUGUGGGACGGCGGCGACUGCCGCGACGGCGCCGAGCAGUUGGCCGAACUGCUGCGCGACGACCACGAGGAGCUGGACCACUGGGCCGCCCUGCUCGACGACCCGGACUCGUGCACGCCCAACUGCGUUGACGGCUGGCUGGCCGACAAAUUCUGUGAUCUUAAUUGCAACUACCUGGCAUGCGGUUUUGACGCUGGAGACUGCGGAACCGCUAAUUUUUAUAGACUGCACGAGUUCAAACUGAGCGAAUUCAACAACCACACGUACAAGAUGCACGGAAAUGCUCUGGCGUCGUUUUGGAAUCUGUCGAGCGUGUUGGACGGCGAUCGUCCGGUCGACGGCGAAUUCGAGGACCACUCGGCCGUGCGCGCCUGGUCGAUUAAUACAAAAUACUCUCUUGUGAUACUGGUUGUGCGGCCUAAAGUCGACACAACCGUAGUUGAGGGCUUCGUCAAGGGCACCAAGAACGGAGCCAGAGUUGAGAUCAAGUUAAAAGUGUCGGUGAACACUUUAUCAGCAGCCAACAAAAGCAGCUCAUCCCCCGUAGCUGCAAGCAUUCCCACCCCUCGUUUCGAACCAUUCACCGGGCUGCCGGAGGGCGUGCCGUUGGGUCCGCGCGACCUCUCAGGUGGCCCUCAGCGUCGCGUGCUCUCCGGACGGAAGCUGCUGGACACGUUUGCCGACUCGCUGCUGCACGUGAACCGGCUGUACAACCGCGAGUAUGGCUUCGAGUCGCGCAAGGUGCCGGCCCACUCGGCGCACCUGAUCGACCGCGACGCCAUGGCCGAGCUGCAGGGCCGCUUUCCGCUCGAGUGGGACCGCACCUCGUCGCACAAAUUUCGCAGCCCCAGCGACAUGCAGUUUGCUUUUUCGUACUAUUAUUUUCUCGUGCACGAAAAGGAGCCUGUUGAUGUCGGACAAAUCUUCGACCGCUUCGACACAGACCUCUCAGGGACGUGGUCUGACCGCGAAAUGAGGACGGUGUUGGCGCAGCUGCACGCGAUCCUCAAGUUUUCAUUCGUCACCAGAUUCGAGGAGGAACUGGCCAACUGCUCCAAAACCUUCUCCAGCGUGCUGGUCGACGUUCCGACACCGCCUUAUGAACACUACCUCGACUCAAAAGUGCCGACGGUGAGCAAGCAGUUAGUGUCGCUGUGCGAGGCGGUGCGGCGGCAGCUGGAGCGAAAGUUUGGCCAGCGCACCAAGUACAAGACCAAGAUCAUGGGCGAGGAGGAGGUCGCCUUCAAAAUGCUCACCUCCAACCUGAGCCAGGUGGUCGACAGCCUCGACAACCUGAGACGGAGACCACGGAAGUUUGUCUGCAUCAACGACAACCUGGACCCCAAUCGCGAGCGUGAGAACAGCUACGUGCGGGCCGUGCUGCAGGACUUUUACGAGUCGAUGCUGCCGGAGGCGUCGAGUUUCGAGCUGCCGCCCAUGUACCGCAACCGCUUCCUCACCGUCGACGAACUGCACGUGUGGGUGCAGUACCGACAUUUCGUCAUGUGUGCCAUUACAGUCUGCAUCAUCACGCUCGUUGUGCUCACCUGCGUCGCCCUCAACGCCGAAGUAGUCCACGCGGGCCGUGUGCUGCACCAGAAGAUCCGCAACGCGAGAAUCUGUCAAGUCUGAAGAGGCGCAGAGGACAAAAAAAAAUUAACAAAUACCAUUUAUAUCAUUGUUAAAAUAAGAAUUUUAAUUUGCUCAAAAAAUAAGCAGCGCAGCUUUUCUAACGACGCCAAAUAAUAAACACACAAGUCAUUUUUA